AUAGUUUUUGUUACUUUUUUUGUUUAAGUACAUGAGGACUCUAUGACGCAAAAGGAGACCGGAGAGUUACGAAUGGACAGUGGAAUUCCAAUGUCGAAGAUAUCAUCUGAUGAUGAAGUGUUUUUGGCUCCUGAGAUGAACGCAUUUGGUCGUCAAUUCAGAGACUACACGGAUACAAAUAGCGAGAGGCAAAAGAGCGUCGAACAUUUCUAUAAAACACAACACAUUAACCAAAGUUUGGACUUUGUAAAGAAAAUGAGAAGUGAGUAUGGAAAAUUGGACAAGAUGGUGAUGAACAUUUGGGAAUGUUGUGAACUAUUAAACGAAGUGGUGGACGAGAGUGAUCCCGACCUCGACGAACCACAAAUUCAACAUUUGCUUCAAUCUGCGGAAGCAAUCCGUAAAGAUUAUCCUAACGAAGAUUGGCUUCACCUCACUGCUCUUAUCCAUGGUUCUUACUCUACCACACAGUUUGGAGGGCUUCCUCAAUGGGCUGUUGUUGGUGACACAUUUCCUGUUGGGUGUGCAUUUGAUGAAUCUAACGUACACCACAAGUAUUUUAUGGAAAACCCUGAUUUUAACAACCCAAAGUAUAAUACCAAAAGUGGAAUUUAUUCUGAAGGAUGUGGACUUGAGAAUGUUUUUAUGCCAUGGGGACAUGAUGACUACAUGUAUAUGGUGGCUAAGGAGAAUGGAAGCACCCUACCAUCCCCGGGACUAUUCAUCAUCCGAUACCAUUCCUUUUAUCCAUUGCACAAGGCUGGAGCUUACACUCACCUUAUGAACGAAGAAGACAAGGAGAAUCUCAAAUGGCUCCAUGUUUUCAACAAGUACGACUUAUACAGCAAGAGCAAAGUACACGUUGAUGUGGAGAAGGUUAAGCCGUACUACAUGUCUCUUAUCAAGAAAUAUUUCCCGGAAAAUCUGAGGUGGUGAAAACUGCAUCAAGGCCGUCCAAAAAAGUCUACUAUUAGAAAGAUAAAAAUGGUGUGUGAGAGUGUGAUUGAUUAGUAGUCGUUUAAGAACUGGAAAGCAUUAUUGCCCAGUUGAUAAAGUUGUAUUGUUACA